UGCUACAAUGGGGAAGGGAACUGGGAGCUUCGGUAAGAGGAGGAACAAGACCCACACUCUCUGUGUCAGGUGUGGCCGCCGCAGCUUCCACCUUCAGAAGAGUCGCUGCGCCGCCUGCGCUUUUCCGGCAGCCCGGAAGAGGAAAUAUAACUGGAGCGUCAAGGCCAUUAGGAGAAAGACCACUGGCACUGGUAGGAUGAGGUACUUGCGUCACGUGCCUCGCAGGUUCAAGAGCGGUUUCAGAGAAGGCACCGAAGCUGCACCUAGGAAGAGGGGAGCGGCUGCCACUGCCUAAGGUUUGAAAGAGAGAUUUUGGGUCCGCUAUUGAAUUAUAGGAGUUUAGGUUUCUGUGUUGAGGCUAAGCUCUGUGGAACAUUUUUCUUUCUGUCAUUUUCAUGCUCUAUAUUUCAAUAUGUAGUGGCUUUAUAUUUCAACAUGAGGAUUGUAAGACAUUUUGUUUUUUCAACGAGAGUUUUUGAUAUUUAUGUUUUGGUUUAUCCUUUCAGGCACGAGUUUUGAUGUUGUGGCACGUAAUGAAAUGUAACUAGCAAAAUUUGUGUUAGGCUGUUUGGGUAACCUGGUUUGCUCUUGCUUGAUCAUUAACAUUUUGGUUAUUUUUCGAGUCUUGGCUUAGAUUUGUUCUUACUUAAUAUAGGUGUUAAUCAAAUGUAACGUGUGCCUCAAAAGAAACAUAGUCAUAGAACAAAACACUUUCCUGAUGCAAGGGGUGUAU